GCGAUCGCAAACACCAGAGAAUAUUUAGGGAAAGAUGGAAUCCGAUCAAAAUGAUUGUUCUGUCAGUGUUUCGGGAUUAACUGCAUUUACGAUAGGACAUUUUGAAACAGGGCAAACGACAGUGCAAGGGAAAGCUAGCUUCGAUAGUGUUACGCCCGUAUCUUGCUUCAGUGAAUCAACAGCCUCUCAAGAUGGCGGUAUGACAAGGAAUGUUCAGUUUCGUCCWGUUGAUGUUGUACCAUAUGAUGGCACAACCAGCUUAGUCACAGCAGCUGGGCAAGAUAACCUGUUGUCUAGUACCCAAGUAACAGUGCUAAAUGUACCAGAAAGUUCCAUCUUUGAAGUGGUCCAAACAGUGCCACAAGACCAAACCGUUAGUGAUGUCAAUGUCGAUGACAUACACAUGAAUGUAUGUGCUGAUAACAAUACUCAUCAAGAUGAAAUACAUCAAGAGCAACACCUAACAAAGACCAYCAAAAGGAAAGGUGGAUGGCCAAAAGGAAAGAAAAGAAAAAAAGAAAUACAGGACCUCAAUAAACCUAAAGCACCUGUUACUGGGUACGUUAGGUUUCUGAAUAGUCGUCGUGAGGAACUGAAGCAGUUGCACCCUCAUUUGUCUUUUCCUGAAAUAACUAAAAUGCUUGGUGUUGAAUGGAACACCAUUCUAAGCCACGAAGAAAAGCAGAAAUUUCUUGAUGAAGCUGAAAAUGACAAGAAAAGAUACAUUGAAGAGCUUAAAGCUUACCAGCAAUCUGAAAAAUACCAAGCCUUUGUCAAAAGACAACAAGCGAAAAGAAUAAAGCAGUCUGAAGUUGGUGAAUCUGGGGAAAUGGAAAACAGUUUAUUGGUUCCUCAAGCAGAUGAGGAUGCAGAGUCUAAUGGUUUAUAUUGUAAAACAUGCAACCAGCACUUCAGCUCACUUCACAACAAAAAAGAACACAUGUAUGGYCGACAACAUCUGCAAAUGCUAACUUGUGAAUUUGAAAGAGAGGCUGAGGCCUGUGCAAAGGUGUCUCAUAGUUACCCAAACAUACCAUCCACAGUUGCAAAUUCACCAGGGUCAACAGCAUGUCAGUCCUUUCUUAGUAUACCACAGUUUACUGAAACCUUCUUGGAACAAAAUCUAAACCGAGAACUAGAAAUCCGAGAACUUAGAAAGUCAAUACUUUCAUCGCAAGAACAGAAUGUUGUUCUAGCUAAACAGUAUGAGGAACUCAAGGGAACUCUGGAAAAAGCAGAGGAAGAAAUGUCUUCAUGCAAAACUGUUGGGGCGUCUUUAACAGCUCAACUGAAUACGCUUCGAAUGGUCCCUAACCUAUUUGGCAUACAAGUACUAAACUUACAGACCUAGCACCUUUAAAUAUACAUUAUAUAUGAAACGACCUUGCCAUGACUCGCAGAGAAUACGUACUUGUAUUAAAAUAUCAUGAUACAUUUUGAGCUAUMACGUAGUAGUUCCUUGAUUGUUCAGGUGUUAUCAAUACGCUGGAUACUGAUACAAAAUGUUGAAURAAAGGAAGGGAACACUCUCUUCGCUUUAUCCCCCGCGAUGACAAUCASUUCUUACACUGGUGUCUUAAUUCAUGUAAGCCAAUACAAAUGCAGUGUUUUGUUGCAAUGUCUUGACGUCAUUUUUAGUCGUAAGACAAGCCGGUCAUUUCCUGUGCUUAAGACCAAAGAGGUUACUUUUGACAAUUUAAAAGCCKCGUAAUUACUUCAUUAACUGAUAAAGUGUGCGAAAACAGACUCGUUUUGCAAUAGCUUACUAUUUUGGACCCGCAAGAGACAUCGGCCRUUUUACCCAUGUAAGUAUUUAUYAUUUAGCUUUAUUGGGACUUGCAAUAAUUAUAAUGCAUUGACAGAUUUCAACUGUGGAUUAUUAAACAUAAUUCAGACUUCAAAAACGUCGAAUUCUAUAUGUGUAGAUAUGCGACGAGACAAAUGUGAAAUGGUGUCUUUAACAUCGAUUUGUUGUUGUAUUCAACACAUGUAAUUAAAGMAAGUUAUUGCAGGAA